AUGCCGAGACGGAGACUCAGCACUAUCGCACGGGCGAGCGUAGUGUGCCUAUUGAUCAUCAGCUUGCUGGUCGCAUACGAUCUGUUCUCAGAGCGCGAAUACUUUGACGUCGCGGACAAGUCAUUCCGAAAGCCAAACCCGACCGAGGAAGCACACGGCGCAGCCCCACACAAUGGGGGAAAUCGGACAAACACCGCCACAGCAUCGCCGGCGAUCACGCCGACGCCGACGCGGGUGCCGGUGGGCGUCAGCUCCACAUUACCGGACGCCAACCCGGAACACAUUAGAAACGCAUCGCUAUACAUCAACGCAAUCCUCGACGCAGACGACAAAUCUCUACCCAGGCUGGACUGCCCCCGCCCCGACAUCUCACGCUACCAGUACCUCAAACCCAUCACUGCCCUCAAGAAAUCCAAGUUCUUCAUCGCCCUAAACAUACGCGAGAAGGCACACCUCCUUCCGCGGCUGCUGGGCUCCAUCGUCGAAGCCCUGCGCUUCCUGGGCCCGCAGAACUGCGUCCUCUCGAUAGUGGAAGGCAACUCCGGUGACGGUACUUACGAGAUCCUCCACCUCCUCCGCCCGGAGAUUGAGAAGCUCGGCACCGAGUAUCAUUUCUCCCGGAGCGAUCUCGACCCCAGCGCGGGGGACCGCAUCUCCAAGCUCGCCAAACUGCGCAACAUGGCCCUCGCGCCCCUUGUCUCCGGCGACCCCUCAAAGUACGCCGCCGACGCCGUGGUCCUCUUCCUCAACGACGUGGCCAUUUGCCUGGAAGACAUCCUCGAGCUCGCGCACCAGCGGCUGUACCUGGGCGCCGAUAUGACCUGCGGCUUUGACUGGACCUACGUCGGCCCAGAUCCGACUUUUUACGACGUGUGGAUCAGCCGCACCAUUGCGGGCGAUUCCUUCUUCGAGAUCCCGCCCGACGGCAACUGGAACUCGGCGUGGAACAUCUUUUGGAAUGAGGACACCUCGCGGCGGCGGUUCUUUGACCACAAGCCGCUGCAGGUAUUCUCGUGCUGGAACGGGGCCGUGGCGAUGACGGCGAGGCCGCUGCUGGAUCGUCUCGUGAGCUUCAGGGCGCCGAGGCCGGGCGAGUGUUAUCAGGGUGAGCCGCAGCUGUUCUGCAAGGAUAUGUGGAAUGCCGGGUUUGGCAAGAUUGCGGUGGUGCCGAGCAUCAACUUGGAAUACAGCGACGAUGCGGCGAGGAAGAUCAAAGCGGCAAAGGGCUACACCAGUCAGUGGGUGGGAGACGAGGACGCAAUCGAAGACUUCAAGGUGGACUGGAAGGCUGAUCCCCCUGAAAAGGUUAAAUGUAUGGCGAAUUAUGAAAAGCAGACGUGGGAGCCCUGGAACCAGGCGCUGGAGUAA